GCCCGGCGCGCCGCCUGCGGGGUGGUGACUGGCCCAGCAGCGCCGCUUCCCCGCCGCCUCUGCCGCCUCCGUCGCCCCGCAGGCCCCAGGCCCUCACACCCUCAGCUCUGCCUGGUCCGGUGUCCCCUUAUCCCGGUUCCUGCGAGAUGACGCUCAAGGCAAGCGAGGGCGAGGGUGGGAGCAGCAUGCGCACGGCGCUCUCCGACCUGUACCUGGAGCAUUUGCUGCAGAAGCGCAGCCGGCCGGAGGCUGUGUCACACCAGUUGAAUGCUGUGACCGAAGACAUGUACACCAAUGGGUCUGCUGCCCCAGGUAUUCCUGCCCAAUCCAAAGGACAGGAGCUGCGAAAAGUGCGCCUCAUACAAUUUGAGAAGGUCACAGAGGAGCCCAUGGGAAUCACUCUGAAGCUGAAUGAAAAACAGUCCUGUACAGUGGCCAGAAUUCUUCAUGGUGGCAUGAUCCAUAGACAAGGCUCCCUUCAUGUGGGGGAUGAGAUCCUAGAAAUCAAUGGCACAAAUGUGACUAAUCACUCCGUAGAUCAGCUGCAGAAGGCAAUGAAAGAAACAAAAGGAAUGAUCUCAUUAAAAGUAAUUCCCAACCAGCAAAGCCGUCUUCCUGCACUACAGAUGUUCAUGAGAGCGCAAUUUGACUAUGAUCCCCAAAAGGACAGCCUGAUCCCUUGUAAGGAGGCAGGGCUGAAGUUCGCUACUGGGGACAUUAUUCAGAUCAUCAACAAGGAUGACAGCAACUGGUGGCAGGGACGGGUGGAAGGCUCCUCCAAGGAGUCAGCAGGACUGAUCCCCUCCCCCGAACUGCAGGAGUGGCGAGUGGCAAGUGUGGCUCAGUCUGCUCCGAGUGAAGCCCCGAGCUGCAGUCCCUUUGGAAAGAAGAAAAAGUACAAAGACAAGUACCUGGCCAAGCACAGCUCGAUUUUUGACCAGUUGGAUGUCAUUUCCUAUGAGGAAGUUGUCCGGCUCCCUGCAUUCAAAAGGAAGACCCUGGUACUGAUCGGAGCCAGUGGGGUGGGUCGCAGCCACAUCAAGAAUGCCCUGCUCAGCCAGAAUCCAGAGAAGUUUGUGUACCCUGCCCCGUAUACAACACGGCCACCAAGGAAGAGUGAGGAAGAUGGGAAGGAGUACCACUUCAUCUCAACAGAGGAGAUGACACGGAACAUCUCUGCCAAUGAGUUCUUGGAGUUUGGAAGCUACCAGGGCAACAUGUUUGGCACCAAAUUUGAAACAGUGCACCAGAUUCAUAAGCAGGACAAGAUUGCCAUCCUUGACAUCGAGCCCCAGACCCUGAAGAUUGUUCGGACAGCAGAACUUUCACCUUUCAUUGUGUUCAUCGCACCUACUGACCAGGGUGCUCAGACUGAAGCCCUGCAACAGCUGCAGAAGGACUCUGACGCCAUCCGUACCCAGUAUGCUCAUUACUUUGACCUGUCCCUGGUCAAUAAUGGUGUUGAUGAAACCCUUAAGAAAUUGCAAGAAGCCUUUGACCAGGCAUGCAAUUCUCCACAGUGGGUGCCUAUUUCCUGGGUCUACUAAGUUUGCAGAAUGGAGGGAUCCAAUAUAUGCUCCUCUCCCUGUGCUUUUAAGACAGAGCCACUCCCAACUAGUUUUAUCAGCUUCCAGCCCUCUGCAACUACCCUUAGUCCAAUAGAAUUGUCUUCUUGCUCAGGUUCCUGAAGGGUGGUGGUAGGGGGGUUGAUUUUCCUGAUGGGGCCACAAUAAUUUCUAAAGGAUCUCCAGAAACUGGAGUAAGAAGUACUAUCAAAAUGCAACUGCUAAUGAAAGAUGAUGCACAAAGGCAAAGGACCCUGUCCCCUGAAGCCUGUAUUCCUUCACCUUCAAUGAUACUGGGCAUUUGUCAUCUUCGAAGAAAGCAUUUCUAACUUCAACUUUCUAAGAUGUCAAACUCAAACGGCCAUACAAUAGAAAUGACACUUACUCUAGGGAAACCCUCAAAAGCAAUAAUAAAAAUGUUGCUGUGUUAAACGCCA